AUGACAACCAAUGGCACCCCCGACGCGCUCGGGUCUAUGGAAGAGCUUCGCGCAGACCUCGAUGAAAUCCGCAUCAUGAUCGGCGUAAAUAGCACCUACCUCGUCACCACAUUCGCCAAUCGCCUGGACUGUGCUCACACUCUGGCUCGUCUUUGCGUCCGCCUAUUCCGCACCGGUUACAACAGGGAAACGGGUCGUACCCCUCUCGGCGACCAGGAGACAGCGCCAAUCAGGGAGAUCCUCGAACUGAUUGAGCUCUCUGACAAUCACCUUCGAUGGAUUGACCGUAUUAGGAUGGUGGCGGGGAAUUCCUUUCAUGAGCUCAAAUGGGAGGAGAUUCAAGUGUUGAAAGCCAUUGGGACCGGCGAGAAUAUUCUCCAAGCACAAGAAGUGGCCGCUUGUGAGCACGAGGUGGAAAUGGAGCGUGAAAAGGCCCGAGACAAUGAGGAGGAGGAGGAGGAAUGGGAUUUGCUGAACAAGAUUACCCGAGUAUGA